AUGGGAACUUUUACCAACAUAUACCCGCUGGAUAACCGUCUAUCCGGAACCCUUGGAAAUGUAACCCGCUGGAAAGAGAAGACGAGGAACGUACUGAGAGAUCCAUUACCCCUUCCACUCGUUGAAUCAGACGAAGCAAAUUCGGAUUCUAUACAGCAGGCGUUACCCUCAGAGCUGGAAAAUGGGGUAAUCAGCAGAAACAGUGACUGUUACCCAAGAGCUAACCCCAGUGACCAGGCAGCAGGAUCAGACAUCCAGCUUGAUUAUUCAAAGGAUAGUCGGAUAGUCCUGGCAAGCUCUUCUAUCAUCCUGGCAUUGGCUGGUGUUGGCUUAUCAGUGGCAGAUCGUCUGCUUACGGAACAUGAAGGAAUACGUGUUUGUCUUGCGUGUCGCAACAAGGGUCGAGCUGAGAAUGCGAGGGCAAGACUCCUGCAACGUCACUCCAGUGCAAAUAUAUCAAUUAUUAUAGUAGACACCAGCUCAGUAGAGUCUGUUAUCAGGGCUUCUGAGGAAAUCAGGAAAAAAUUUACAAGACUUGAUUAUAUCUACUUGAAUGCAGGUGUAAUGAAGGUCUCCAGUAUUAACUGGUCUAAAGUUUUAGCUAUCUUCUCAAGUCAAGGAGCUAGAAUUCUAAGCACUGGAUGGGGCGUGUUGAAUCAUAUAGAUGAAGUAACACCAGAUGGACUUCAAGAAAUUUUUGCUACAAAUCUGUUUGGACAUUUUGUUAUGGUGAGAGAACUAGAAGAUUAUUUAGGAGGAACACAAACAACACAAAUUAUCUGGACAUCUUCACAGAAUGCUAAUGCAGACGAUUUCAGCUAUACUAAUAUACAACACAGAAAUGGGAAAGAACCGUAUGCAUCCUCUAAGUAUGCUACAGAUGUUGUCAGUGUGGCUCUCAAUGACAGGCUUAACAAAAAGGGAGUAUAUUCUGUGUCAACGUGUCCUGGCCUGGUGAUGUCUAACAUGACAUUUGGUAUACUACCUUCAUGGUUUUGGUUUCUGGUUAUGCCUUUCUUAUUCUUUAUGCGGUUGUUUGUGACGUCACUGACAUGUAAUGCCUACAAUGCCGCAGAAGCCUUAAUUUGGAUAUCAAAGCAGAGAUGUGAAAGUUUAAAUUCCAGAAUCAAAUAUUGCAGUCACUGUUCUAUAUUUGGUAAACCAUAUGUUGCUGAAGAAAAGCUCAAUAUCAGUGAAAAAGAUGCAGAUAACUUAUACAACCAAAUGGAGGGAUUGUAUCAAGGUUUCAAGUCAAAGUACAGAAAUGGCACCAGUAGAACAGCUAAAGACAGUGUCUCAAAUGGUUUACAGAAUGGGAUACAGAAUGGAUUCCACUGAUACUGAUAAAAUCCUUUUUGUCACAUUUGUGUACAGUCUCCAACACAGUGAUCUUCCUUGACUCGGCCACCUUAAAAAAUUGAUUCAGUGGCAGUGACUGAUAUACUGUAAAGGAAGGGUUUUCAGCUGAAUUCAGAAAUAUUUGUAGACUUUACACUAAAAUAUUGACUUAUUUAUUUAUGUAGAAUAAUUACUCUUUGUUAAGUUUAUAUCUGUGUUGUUAGAAAUUUUAUUUUGUAAAAGAUGCCUCUUGGUAUAAAGAUAUUGACAUGAGAUUUUUUUCUCAGAUCCUUUUUAAGUGUGUAUACAAAAAAUGUUUCGUAAUUUGAUAAGGUAUAAAGUGUCUGAGACCUUAAAUAUGUAAGCAUUUAACAUUUGCUUUUUUAUUUCUCUUCUUUUGUUAUUCCCAAUCAAUGUUAGAUAUACAUGUUAGAUAAAACUUUGAGCAAAGAAAACAUUCAAAGAUAUCACCCAAAUUAAACAGAAAGCUUUAAUUUAUGAUAUAGGUGAUGAUGAUCUUCAGAAAAUAGAAUGUGUUGUAAAAGUUGUAAUGUUCUUCACAUAACAUAGAAAUUUUUACAUUUGUUUUUAUUGAUCUUUCAUUAUUCAGCAGGCUGGAUUGAUUACAUACAGUCUGUUGGUUAUAACCAUCAGUUAGGAAGCUGAGAAUAGAUAAACUGUAUGCCUAAAUCACAGUGUGAUGAGCGCUAUGAUAGUAGCUUUGUGUUACUUUAUGUGUGAACUAACCAUAUGUUUUACAUUUUCUUUUAAAGGCUUAUGUUUGAUUUUUAUGCAGUAUUUAAAAUCAAAAUUUUACUACAUAAUUAUAAUAACUGGACAAUUAAAUAUAGUCUUUAGGACUGAAGUUUGUUAUUAGAUAACAGUACAAAUUAGAGAGCAAUUGAGAGGACACAUUCUUUUUUUACUUAUAAUUUUACCCCCAGCCAGAGAAAAUCCAAGCCUGAAUUAAUAUUCAGAUAAUAUAGAUUAAAUUAAUGCUAGCACAUAACAGAAAUAGUUAUAACAUAAAUGCUUAUUAUUGUACCCCCCGACAACAAAGUUGUAAGGGUAUACUGGUUUCAGGUUGUCUGUCUGUCUGUCUGUCCGUCUGUCUGUCUGUCCGUCUGUCCGUAGACGCAAUCUUGUGCGCACCAUCUCUCCUUAUCCCCUUGACACAAUUUAAUGAAACUUCACACAAGUGAUCAGUACCAACAGUAGUUGUGCAUGGGGCAUGUUAGGUUCUUUUAGAAAAAAAAAUUGCAGAGUUAUGGGACUUUGUUUUUUUGUUGCUAUACUAUAUACAUAGACACAAUCUUGUGCGCACCAUCUCUCCUCAUCCCCUUGACACAAUUUAAUGAAACUUCACACAAGUGAUCAGUACCAACAGUAGUUGUGCAUGGGGCAUGUUAGGUUCUUUUAGAAAAAAAAAUUUGCAGAGUUAUGGGACUUUGUUUUUUUGUUACUAUACUAUAUACAUACACAGGACACAAUCUUGUGCGCACCAUCUCUCCUCAUCCCCUUGACACAAUUUAAUGAAACAUCACACAAGUGAUCAGUACCAACAGUAGUUGUGCAUGGGGCAUGUUAGGUUCUUUUAGAAAAAAAUUUGCAGAGUUAUGGGACUUUGUUUUUUUGUUACUAUACUAUAUACAUAGACACAAUCUUGUGCGCACCAUCUCUCCUCAUCCCCUUGACACAAUUAAAUGAAACUUCACACAAUUGAUCAGUAACAACAGUAGUUGUGCAUGGGGCAUAUUAGGUUCUUUCAGAAAAAAAUUUUGCAGAGUUAUGGGACUUUGUUUUUUUUUUGUUACUAUACUAUAUACAUAGACACAAUCUUGUGCACACCAUCUCUCCUCAUCCCCUUGACACAAUUUAAUGAAACUUCACACAAGUGAUCAGUAACAACAGUAGUUGUGUAUGGGGCAUGUUAGGUUCUUUCAGCGACAAAAAUUGCAGAGUUAUGGGACUUUGUUUCUUGUUAACAUACUAUGUACAUGCAGUCUGCAUGUGCAAUCUUGUGCAUGCCUAAUCUACCAAACCCUUACACACAAUUUAAUGAAACUUCACACAAGUGAUCAGUACCAACCCUAGUUGUGCAUGGUGCAUGUUACAUUCUUUUAGAUAAAUAUUCUGCAUAGUUAUGGGACUUUGUUUUUUGUUACUAUACUGUAUACAUACAGUCUAUAUACAUACAGUCCACAUAAUUAUGCAAUCUUGUGUGCAUCAAAUUGCAAUGUACUGUGUCAGUGCAUGUGGGGGGUACAUUCAUCACCUUUAGUGAUAGCUCUAGUUUGCUAUUAAAAUUUAACAAUUGCUAUAUAUUUUUUGACUCGUUACUAGAACUAAGAAGAAAAGAACAUCAUACCGGUACAAACAAUAAUUGUACACUGACCAGAAAAACUUUAAACAAUAAUUGAGAACUUAUUGCAUAAACAAUAUUUUACAGUCUUUGCAGUCAACUUUGUGUAAAAUUAAAGUAUCAUCUUCUUCAAAUUUGGAUUUUCUAAGGCAAAGAGUAAUAUAUAUAUAUAAUAGGGUUAUUAUAACAGUAGCUUGAUCUGGGAUGCAGUAUUCGGCUCGAGUGGAAUUUUUUAUGUGCACUAUUUAUAGAAAUGUGUCUGGUCAAGCAUAUUGAUGAAAAUAGUCCGGCAGCAUACAAUACGGAAUUUAAAAGGUACAAUGCGGAAUUUUUGUCUGACUGUUCAUAUUUUAUUGUAAAAUACAAGCCUAUUUUUAGCUCACCUGUCACAAAGUGACAAGGUGUGCUUUUGUGAUCGCGCGGUGUCCGUCGUCCGUCCGUCCGUGCGUCCGUAAACUUUUGCUUGUGACCACUCUAGAGGUCACAUUUUUCAUGGGAUCUUUAUGAAAGUUGGUCAGAAUGUUCAUCUUGAUGAUAUCUAGGUCAAGUUCGAAACUGGGUCACGUGCCGUUAAAAACUAGGUCAGUAGGUCUAAAAAUAGAAAAACCUUGUGACCUCUCUAGAGGCCAUAAUUUUCAAUGGAUCUUCAUGAAAAUUGGUCAGAAUGUUCAUCUUGAUGAUAUCUAGGUCAAGUUCGAAACUGGGUCACGUGUGGUCAAAAACUAGGUCAGUAGGUCUAAAAAUAGAAAAACCUUGUGACCUCUCUAGAGGCCAUAUAUUUCACAAGAUCUUCAUGAAAGUUGGUCAGAACGUUCACCUUGAUGAUAUCUAGGUCAAGUUCGAAACUGGGUCACGUGCCUUCAAAAACUAGGUCAGUAGGUCAAAUAAUAGAAAAACCUUGUGACCUCUCUAAAGGCCAUAUUUUUCAUGGGAUCUGUAUGAAAGUUGGUCUGAAUGUUCAUCUUGAUGAUAUCUAGGUCAAGUUCGAAACUGGGUCACGUGCCUUCAAAAACUAGGUCAGUAGGUCUAAAAAUAGAAAAAACCUUGUGACCUUUCUAGAGGCCAUAUAUUUCACGAGAUCUUCAUGAAAAUUGGUCAGAACGUUCACCUUGAUGAUAUCUAGGUCAAGAUCGAAACUGGGUCACGUGCCUUCAAAAACUAGGUCAGUAGGUCAAAUAAUAGAAAAACCUUGUGACCUCUCUAAAUGCCAUAUUUUUCAUGGGAUCUGUGUGAAAGUUGGUCUGAAUGUUCAUCUUGAUGAUAUGUAGGUCAAAUUCGAAACUGGGUCACGUGUGAUCAAAAACUAGGUCAGUAGGUCUAAAAAUAGAAAAACUUUGUGACCUCUCUAGAGGCCAUAUAUUUCAUGAAAUCUUCAUGAAAAUUUGUCAGAAUGUUCACCUUAAUGAUAUCUAAGUCAAGUUCGAAAGUGGGUCACGUGCCAUCAAAAACUAGGUCAGUAGGUCAAAUAAUAGAAAAACCUUGUGACCUAACUAGAGGCCAUAUUUUCCAUGGGAUAUGUAUGAAAGUUUGUCUGAAUGUUCAUCUUGAUGAUAUCUAGGUCAAGUUUGAAAGUGGGUCACGUGCCUUCAAAAACUAGGUCAGUAGGUCAAAUAAUACAAAAACCUUGUGACCUCUCUAAAGGCCAUAUUUUUCAAUGGAUCUUCAUGAAAGUUGGUCUGAAUGUUCAUCUUGAUGAUAUCUAGGUCAAAUUCGAAACAGGGUCAUGUGCGGUCAAAAACUAAGUCAGUAGGUCUAAAAAUAGAAAAACCUUGUGACCUCUCUAGAGGCCAUACUUGUGAAUGGAUCUCCAUAAAAAUUGGUCAGAAUGUUCACCUUGAUGAUAUCUAAGUCAAGUUCGAAAGUGGGUCACGUGCCAUCAAAAAGUAGGUCAGUAGGUCAAAUAAUGAAAAAACGUUGUGACCUCUCUAGAGGCCAUAUUUUUCAUGGGAUCUGUUUGAAAGUUGGUCUGAAUGUUUAUCUUGAUGAUAUCUAGGUCAAGUUUGAAACUGGGUCAACUGCGAUCAAAAACUAGGUCAGUAGGUCUUGAAAUAGAAAAACCUUGUGACCUCUCUAGAGGCCAUACCCUUGAAUGGAUCUUCAUGAAAAUUGGUCAGAAUGUUCACCUUGAUGAUAUCAUGAUAUCAAGGUCAAGUUUGAAACUGGGUCAUAUGCCUUAAAAAAACUAGGUCAAUAGGUCAAAUAAUAGAAAAACCUUGUGACCUCUCUAGAGACCAUAUUUUUCAAUGGAUCUUCAUGAAAAUUGGUCAGAAUUUUUAUCUUUAUAAUAUCUAGGUCAAGUUCAAAACUGGGUCACAUGAGCUCAAAAACUAGGUCACUAUGUCAAAUAAUAGAAAAACCGAUGUCAUACUCAAAACUGGAUCAUGUGGGAAGAGGUGAGCGAUUCAGGACCAUCAUGGUCCUCUUGUUUACAGAAUUAAUAUAGGUAUAUAAUAAAUAAAUAUAUAUAUAUAUUAUAGAGAGAGAGAGAGAUGGUACCAGUCUAUAUCAUUUAGGACUGGUUUUUCUGUAUUUACAAGUGUUUCAUUAUGCCACCCUUCGAAGGGGUAUAUUGUUUUGCAGAUGUUUUUUAUGUAGAAUAAGUGCAAGAUUUCCAUCGUUUUUGAAGCAUUACAGCUAGAAGAGGUAAUAUAUAGCUUUACAUACAUGUGUUUUGCACCUGUAUCAAUUUCAGUGCCUUUAUUUUGUUGCACAGUAAAAGUUAAUGUUAUAUCCGAAAAAUGUUACAUGACUAAACAUGUCUGUGAUAUAAAUUUUAGUAUUUUACUUAAACAUUCAGGACUAUUUGUUGAAACAUUGUUUCAAAUAUUUUAUAAAUUUACGCGUUUUAAGUGCUUCCACCUUGUUGUAGAAUUGUAUUAUCAGGGAUAUAGUUAAGAUUUAGAGUGACUUUAGUCAAGGUUAUAAAGCUGAGUUCACUAUAAACAAUCCAGCAUUUGAUUGGUUAAUUUUGUGCACAAUCAUAAACUGACCAGUAAAAAAGUUGCUUUCUGAGUGUCUUCAUACACAGUUUUAUAACCUUGGAUCCUGUUUUAUAUCUGCUCGAACUGCAAGAUCAAAAAUAUAAUUGUGAU